AUGACAUGUUCGUCUUCAAUACUGUUGACCACAGUCAUGAUUGCCGUGAGCAGCAAGUCCUUCCUUCUCGCCCUCCUGGUGCUGGCUGUCGUCUGCAGCCUGGCAGCCGCCCAGUUCGGCUACGGCCGCGGCUUCGGAAGGGGCUACGGUGGCGGAUAUGGUGGCGGAUAUGGUGGCUACGGCCGCGGCUUCGGAGGCUACGGCCGCGGCUUCGGCGGAUAUGGUCGCGGGUUCGGAGGCUAUGGCCGUGGAUUUUACGGCUGA